AAACGAGCCAGCGAGCCCGGUCUCCGGGAGUAUGUUAUGUUGAAACGGCAUAGAAAAGGUGGAGGACGGUGGAAGGAGUAGCAACUUUCUCUCUUUCUCACCAACUUUAUGAGGAUUUGUCGCCUGGGGUUUUGCAUGGCUGAAUGGACUUGAGUUUAUUCCACAACACGCAGUUGGAUAUUACCUCACCUUGGGCUGUUUUAAGCUUUAAGUUGCUCUUUUUUGGGGACAUUUUGUCGCUUAUGGACUUAAUGCGUUUUGAUUUAAUGUGAGACUGAGUGGAGAAACGUGGAAGUAAGGCACAAUAUAAUCUGUAUUGAUUUACGUUGUCGCCAUGUCCAUGCUUCCGACGUUUGGUUUUACGCAGGAACAAGUGGCGUGUGUCUGCGAAGUCCUCCAACAAGGGGGGAACAUCGAGCGGCUGGGACGCUUCCUCUGGUCCCUCCCGGCGUGCGAACACCUCCACAAAAAUGAGAGCGUCCUGAAAGCGAAAGCCGUGGUCGCCUUUCACCGGGGGAACUUCCGAGAACUCUACAAGAUCCUAGAGAGCCACCAGUUUUCGCCGCACAACCACCCGAAGCUGCAGCAGUUGUGGCUCAAAGCGCACUACAUCGAGGCGGAGAAGCUGAGAGGCCGCCCGCUCGGCGCAGUGGGGAAGUACCGCGUCCGGAGAAAGUUCCCCCUGCCCCGCUCCAUCUGGGACGGAGAAGAGACAAGCUACUGCUUCAAGGAGAAGAGCAGGAGCGUUCUCCGGGAGUGGUACACCCACAAUCCUUACCCGUCCCCGCGGGAGAAAAGAGAGCUGGCCGAAGCCACGGGACUCACCACCACGCAGGUCAGCAACUGGUUCAAAAACCGACGGCAGCGAGACCGAGCAGCGGAGGCAAAGGAAAGAGAAAACAACGAGAACAGCAACAGUCACAACCCAUUGACUUCUUCCAUGAAUGGAAAUAAAUCUCUAUUGGGGAGCUCGGACGACGAUAAAACACCCUCGGGGACACCGGAUCACACGUCUCCGAGCCCGGCUCUGCUCCUCGGCACAAACACCGGUUUACAGUCCCUGCACGGCCUCGCGCCCCCGCCAGGACCCAGCGCCAUCCCGGUACCCAGCGGUGCAGACUCGGUGCACCAUCACCACUCAUUGCACCAUGACACCAUACUGAACCCUAUGUCUUCUAAUCUAGUGGACCUUGGCUCUUAAAAAAAAGCGCCACAGAAGGGGGACAGAGCACACUUUUUUUUUUU